CUGGCGCUGGUGAUCGAGGCGCUGUGCGAGAGCGGCGCGGGCGCGACCCUCGCCCAGAUCUUCAUGGUGAACCCGAUCUUCGGCGGCGUCGCCAUCGCGCGCUACGGCUCGGAGGCCAUGCGCCGCGACCUGCUGCCGGCGCUCAUCGCGGGCGACAUCGAGUGCUGCAUGGCGCUCACCGAGCCGGACGCCGGCACCAACAGCCUGGAGCUUCGCACCUUCGCCGAGGCUCACGGCAACGGCUGGCGGCUCAACGGGCGGAAGAUCUGGAUCUCGGCGGUGCCGACGGCGGACAAGAUGCUGGUCGUCGCCCGCACCAGGAAGGUCGAGGAGUCGCAACGCCGCACCGACGGCAUCUCGCUCUUCCUCAUCGAUGUCGAGCGCGAGGGGCUGACGCAUUCCACCAUCGAGAAGGCGGGCACCCACUGCGUGCCGGCGAGCAACGUCUAUUUCGAGGACACGCCGGUCGCGGGCGACGAGCUGAUCGGCACGCUGCACGGCGGCUGGAAAGAGCUGCUGGACGUGCUCAACACCGAGCGCAUCGUCACCACCGCCGGCCUCGUGGGCGCGGUGCGGCUCGCGUUAGGCCUCGCGAUCGACUACGCCAACGACCGCCGCGCGAAGGCGGAGAUCGAGUGCGCCGCGGUGAUGAACCACAAGGCGGCCGCCCUGCACGAUGCGGGCAUGCCUUACGGCUCGCAAGCCAACAUGGCCAAGCUCAUCGCCGCGCAAGCGGCCGCCGAGGGCAUCGAGCGCGCGAUGCAGACCAUGGGCGGCAUGGGCUACGCCAAGGAGACGCACCUGGAGCGGCUCUGGCGCGACGCGCGCCUGUUCCGCUUCGCGCCGGUCUCGGAGGAGAUGAUCCUCAACUACAUCGCCGUGCACGACCUCGGCAUGGCGCGCGGGUACUGA